GUGGAUCGCUCGAUAACAUGAGCAACAAGCGGAAGGAAGAGGCCCUUCCUGCCGGCUUCUUUGACGACCCACUGGCAGAUGCAAAGGCACGGAAACUCAACGUGAAGGAAGAAGUGGCGAAAGCUCAAGAGCUGGAGUGGCAAGAGUUCCAGAGCUUUGUGGCGGCAGUUGAGAAGGAAGAAGCCAGCGAAGAGAACGUCAAGACCGCGGCGGAGGAGGCCGAGGAAGGGGAAGCAAUGGAGAAACUGCAGCACUUGCAGUAUUUGAACAGAGUCAGGAAGACCAUCUUGCGCGUGACAAAGGCAGACGACAGCGACGUCAAGGACGAAGACACGGCCGAGUUGGAGCACGACGACAACGUCGACACUCCCGCGGACAUUGUCGCGCACGUCAUGGAGAAGCGCGCGGCGUUGGAGUUGAAGCGAAAAGCCCUGGAAGACGCAGCCAACGAAGACGAGGACGACGAUUUGUUGGACUGGCGGGUCAAGCGAUGGUGAUUUACAGUAAUGUCACCUUAGUCGAAACAAUCAUUAGGUUCAACGACGAUGGCAGUGUUGGG